GAUAAUAAUGAUAGAAGAAGCGAGUUCUUCACCUGAUUCUCAUAACUAGCCACAUAGAAGGAAUUAACCUUAUCCUACAAAAAUGGUCCCUAAACCAGUAAUAGUGACAGCACCGCCACCACCGGUCUCUUCUCCGCCCAACCCUCUUCUAAAAACCGCAGUAUCAACCGUUAAAACAGAAGAAAAACCGCAAACCACCACCCUUCCCCCACCGUCUACCACCACUCCGAAAACUUACCCAGUUCCAUCCAUCAAAACGACGCCGCAGCAACGACUGGAACUCAAAAGGAAAACGAAUUCAUGGGCGCCAGCGCUAAUGCUGAACGCGUUGGACAACAUCAUCAACAAUUUCAUAGACCCUCCGCUCAAACCCUCCGUAGACCCCAGACAUGUCCUGUCGCAAAACUUCGCCCCCGUCGAUGAACUCCCUCCCACGGAGUGUCAAAUCGUCCAGGGGGCCCUACCGCCGUGCCUCGACGGCGCGUACAUUCGAAACGGCCCAAACCCUCAGUUCCUCCCGCGUGGGCCCUACCACUUAUUCGACGGCGACGGCAUGCUCCACGCGCUGCGCAUCUCCCAAGGUAAAGCCACUCUCUGCAGCCGCUACGUCAAAACCUACAAAUACACCAUGGAAAACGACGCCGGUUUCCCUCUCAUCCCCAACGUUUUCUCCGGCUUCAACUCCCUCGUUGCCUCCGCGGCGCGUGGGUCUCUCACCGCGGCGAGGGUCGCCACGGGACAGUUCAAUCCCUCUAAUGGGAUUGGGUUGGCCAACACCAGCUUAGCCUUCUUCGGUAACCGUCUCUUCGCGCUAGGCGAAUCCGACCUCCCCUACACUGUCAACGUUACCCGUAACGGCGACGUGGAAACAAUCGGCCGUUACGACUUCAACGGCAAACUUACGUUCAGCAUGACGGCGCAUCCGAAGAUAGACCCCGACACAGGGGAAUGCUUCGCCUUCCGUUACGGCCCCGUUCCCCCGUUCCUAACCUACUUCCGUUUUGACCCUAACGGGAACAAAUACGAUGACGUGCCUAUCUUCUCCAUGACUUCACCUUCGUUUCUCCACGACUUCGCCAUCACCAAGAACUAUGCAGUCUUCUGCGACAUUCAGCUCGGGAUGAAUCCUCUCGACAUGAUCGCCGGUGGCUCCCCCGUCGGCUCCGUCGCGUCCAAGGUUCCAAGGAUUGGAAUCAUUCCUCGUGAUGCUAAGGAUGAAUCCAAGAUGAAGUGGUUCGACGUGCCGGGGUUUAACGUCAUUCACGCGAUAAACGCGUGGGAGGAGGACGGGGGAAGAACGGUGGUGCUGGUGGCGCCGAAUAUUCUGUCGGUGGAGCACGCACUGGAAAGAAUGGAGCUGGUUCACGCGAUGGUGGAGAAGGUGAAGAUCGAUCUGGAGACGGGGAUUGUGACGCGGCAACCGGUGUCGGCGCGGAACCUUGAUUUCGCGGUUAUAAACCCGGCGUUCGUUGGGAAGAAGAACAGGUUCGUUUACGCGGCGGUGGGAGACCCAAUGCCGAAGAUCUCGGGGGUGGUGAAGCUGGACGUGUCGAAGGCGAAUGAGCGGAGGGACUGUACGGUGGGAUGCAGGAUGUUCGGCGAGGGGUGCUACGGCGGGGAACCGUUCUUCGUGGCGAAGGAGGAAGGCGGUGAGGAGGACGAUGGGUACUUGGUGACGUACGUGCACGAUGAGAGGAAGGGAGAGUCGACGUUCUUGGUGAUGGACACGAAGUCGCCGGAGCUGGACGUGGUGGCGGAGGUGAAGCUUCCACGGCGGGUUCCGUACGGUUUUCAUGGUUUGUUCGUGAAGGAAAGUGAUCUGAGGAAAGCGGUAUCGUGGUGAUGAAUGACGUGUGGGUGUGGGGCUUGUGUCAGUGUGUAUGAUGUAUAUAGCAGGGCACCAUUAUGAUUUCUUCUCAACAACAUUAUUCACCGUCACUGUAGUUACAUGCUCGCAGAGAUAGAUGACAGGGGUGAAGAAGUAAAUAAAUAAAGGAGUUGUGUAUGGAAGAAAAAAAAAACGGUGAAAUGCGACAAGAUCUAUGCCAUAGAUCUGGCGGUUCCAGCAGAUAUAACAUUACCGUACACCAUAUGUCAUAUCACCAUCAAUCCAACAUCCAAAUAAUUCAUAAGAUAAAAUUAUCGGAUAACUGUUUUAACUUAUUUAGUAUAUGUAUAAAUACAUUACGCAACACUGCGUCAUGACUUAUGGUAUAGCUAUUUUGCUUCCUGAGCGACUCUUUUGACAUCAAUAUAAUUUAUAACUUUUUGCUGUUU